GCGGAGUCUGGGCCUAGUGUACCCACAUGGCGGCCAAAGUUUAGGGCAAUAUCUAUUGAUUUUGUGAUCUUUCUAUUCUCGUGGUAUCAUUUUUCAUGCAAAAGCAGCCCUUACUAUCCUGAUCUGUUACUAGCCUUUCUUAGGUUUAAAUAUUGAAUUAUAAGAUGCCAAAGCGUGCGUUAGAGCCCGCGAAGAGCUUGGCGAGACAGCUGUUAGAGAAUUCUAGUGACUUGUUUCUGCCAGAGGACAACAAAAACAGAGCUGAGGAAGGCGACAAUGAUGAAGAUGAUACGGAUAGCGAGGAGAGUGAAUACUCUGGCCUAGAUGAUGAUGAUGACGAUGAUGAUUCAAGCGAAGUUGAUGAUUUACCUGAAUCUGAUGACAGCCAUGGUGAAGAGGACGAUGAUGAUGUGGAGGAGGACGAAGAUAACAUUGAUGAAGAUGAUGAUGAUGAUGCCAAUAAGGAUAGCAAAGAAAAUAACAUUGAACAUGACAAAAAUGAUGACCAGAAAAAAAAUAUGGAGAGAGGUAAAAAGCCUUCUAAAGUCAAUACACCAAAUAUUAUCAAGGAUAACAAGCUGAGAGAAGCAGAAAAAGAUGUUGAUGAUACAGAAACCUCAGAUGAGGAAGAUGCCCGCAAUACAGUUGGCAAUAUCCCGGUGGAAUGGUACAAUGAAUAUCCGCACAUCGGCUAUGAUCUGACUGGCAAAAAGAUCAUGAAACCUGCUACAGGGGAUGAGCUUGAUGAUUUCCUCUCAAAGAUGGAUAACCCAGAUUACUGGAGAACUGUUCGUGAUAAAGCGACAAUGAGAGAAGUUGUCCUCACAGAUGAAGAGCUGGCAAUAAUUGAUAGAAUACAAAAUGCCCAAUUCCCAGAAUCAGGGUUUGACCCCUAUGAGCCCUAUGUUGACUUUUUCACCAAUAUGAAGAUGAUCCAUCCAGUCAGCGAGCCACCAGAACCCAAGAGUCGCUUCAUCCCCUCCAAGUGGGAACACAAACGGGUUAUGAAAAUUGUGCGUGCUAUCAGAAAUGGCUGGAUUAAACCCAAGAAGACCGAGGGAGACAAACCAAGAUAUUACAUGCUAUGGGACAAGGCUGAUGAUGCACCAAAGCAACGACACACAAUGCACAUUCCAGCACCAAAAAUGAAAUUACCUGGGCAUGACGAGUCUUACAACCCUCCACCAGAGUACCUGCCAACUCAAGAAGAGAUAGAUGCCUGGGAAGCAAUGGACCCUGAGGAUCGACCAAGAAACUUUUUACCAAAGAAAUACUCAAGUCUUCGCCUUGUUCCAGCUUACAAUAAGUUUAUCCAGGAGAGAUUUGAGCGCUGUCUGGAUUUAUAUCUGUGUCCACGACAAAGGAAAAUGAGGGUGCAAAUUAAUCCAGAAGAGCUUCUCCCAAAGCUACCCAAACCCAAGGAUCUGCAGCCGUUCCCAACAACAGAGGCUCUAGUUUAUGAAGGUCAUAGUGGAAUGGUGCGGUGUGUCACAGUAGACCCAACUGGACAGUGGCUUGCUACAGGAAGUGAUGAUAAGUCUGUCAAGUUCUGGGAGGUUGCCACUGGUCGAUGUACAAAGACAGUAACAGUAGACAGCUCAAUCCAGUCCAUCGAUUGGAACCCUAACCCACAGUGCAGCUUGGUUGCUGUAGCAAUGGGUGACAGUGCGCUGGUUGUAAACCCAUGGCUUGGUGAUAAGCUGAUUUGCUCUGCGACAGAUGAAAUGUUGGAUUCUUUUUCAACACAGGGAGAUUCUCGGGAAUCUGCUGUGGAAUGGGGAGCAUCUGAUGCAGAGGAAUACAAGCAGGGAAUAAGGCUUAUUUUGAAGCAUAUCAAGGCAAUAUCUAAAAUAACAUGGCAUGCUAAAGGAGACUACUUUGCCACGCUCUUACCUCAAGGAGGAAAUAAAUCAGUGUUUAUACACCAGCUGUCUAAGAGGAGAAGUCAGGUAGGAUUGACUUUUAUGUCAGUGCAAACAAGUUACAAGUUAACCAGUAAGUGCCCCUUCAAGAAGGCAAAAGGUCUUGUCCAGCAGGUCCUAUUUCAUCCAUCAAAGCCGUUUUUGUUUGUGGCUACACAAAAAUAUGUAAGAGUCUAUAAUCUGAUGAAGCAAGAGUUGACAAAAAAGCUGAUAUCUAACGUCAAGUGGAUAUCUAGUAUGGCCAUACACCCAAAAGGGGAUAAUCUUAUCGUCGGGAGCUAUGACAGACGCUUGUGUUGGUUUGAUAUGGACCUUUCGAGCAAACCUUACAAAACCCUAAGGAGUCACAAGAAAGCUCUGAGGCAGGUCGCAUUCCACAAGCGUUACCCGCUAUUUGCAUCUGCGAGUGAUGACGGCACAGUCAUUAUAAGCCAUGGCAUGGUCUACAACGAUUUGAUGCAAAACCCGCUCCUCGUCCCUGUCAAGAUCCUCCGAGGCCACAAAGUUACCAACGACCUCGGCGUCCUUGACUGUGUGUUCCACCCUAGCCAGCCAUGGAUUUUUACCGCGGGAUCUGAUCAGUGCGUGCGUCUGUUCACGUGAUGAAGCCGAAUAACGUGCUACCACUGUGUACGUGAUUACCAUGUGAGGCUGUCAAGUGACUCCCCCGUCAGCCAUGGGGCUCUACCACAGUUAAUACUUGCUGGAUUCAAAUCAUAAAUCUCUUUUAAUCUGAAUUCCGUGUUCCCCUAGGGAGCCCUGGAUAUUGACCUCAGUAACUAAUAACUGGGACCGACUGUCAAUGUGAUAACCACGUGAUAACGCGUGCGAUUUACUGCACUUUGUUAGCUUAUCAGUCUACGGACUGAGUGGGAAUUAAUGAGUUUUCACACCCGGUCAUGCAUUUAAUUUAAAUAAUAAAACGGAACCAUGGUCACGUCAAGUGGCAAUAGCCAAUGAGCUGUUUUAGAUAUAGUUCCCAAAAUGAUUAAAAAAACUGCGAUCUUAAGGCAGGCGAAGGGUUCCCUGCUAAAAGAAAGUCAAGAAAAUAUAUGGACAAAUUUGCGAUCUUAAGGCAGGCGAAGGGUUUCCUGCUAACAGAGGCCGCCUUUCGCUCCCUUGCAUUUUACUUCUAUCUAGCUGUCACUUCCCACCUCCGGGCUCAAGAACAAUUAGUUAUCAAUCAGCCGUCAAUGAGUCAACAUGUCAGGACCAUUGCUCUGAGCGCUAGAUUCAAAUUUCAUGUACGACAUAUUCUGAACCAAAAUAAAUAUCAUUCCUAGAGUUGUCCAUCUAAGAAUGUUUCUAUCUAUCGUAAAAUAAUGCUAUACCAGGCUGUGUGCGCUCUAAAAUACGAGCAUUUUCAUCACAGCACGAGAAUAAUUUAUGCAGGUGCGCUAGAUUAUGGAUGGGCAAAAUUUAACAUUUCGCACCGGAAUGUGGACAGCAAAUCACUAAUUUAUCAAACUCUUAACACAACUAUUGUUACCUGUGCAAAAAUAGUUUUAUUCAAGCUCAGAGAUAAGCAAUAUUUUACAGGAGACAUAAUUUGUGACCGCUAGCGUGGCGGUGUUCUGAUAAUAAUUGCAAAUUUGAGCCCGGGGGUGGGAGGAGCUUUCCCUUUAAUAACGGAACCUCGUGUUUAAUUCCUAGACUUUGCAUAAGCAGCCUCGCACUUCAGUGUCACAUGACAGAUUGUGGGCUCCUUCGGCUCCCUUGGCUGGCAAUCCCGCCCCCGCACGCAUGCACGACCUACGCCCUUUUUGGUUUUCAUGGACCUCCAGUGUACUUUGCAAAGCACACUGUUCUUUGUUAGAGGUGCAGGCUAGAGCCCGCAACGCCAGUAAAAAAAACUCGUGUAUCUAUUAAAUUCGUCAAUCUCCUCGGUGUUUGGCGAGAGUGAGGUUCCCUCCACCUGUUGCCUCCCACGCACAGUGUGGCUGCAUUAAGCAGAACGGCGUUUUUUGUUUGUUUGUUUUUUACGGUAUCUAGUCCGCCAAACGAAGAAGCGGCUUUCCUUUUCCUUAAGGAGCGCAAGGACUAUUGGCAGGCUAAACCAAGUUAUUAAAAUCCAGUUGCAAUGUAUCAGCUUUGUUUAGUGAAAUAAAAUUAUGAGAAUUAAA